AUGGGUACUUGCACAUCAACGACAAGACAUCGGCAGAAAGAUCAUCAACAACUGCAUAGACGAAUUCCAUUGAAGAACUCAUUUACACUUGAUAGUAAACAAAUUUUGCUUUUACCAGUAAAUCGAUUUCCAAAUAAUCAUCAACCUCAACGUUCACAUCCUUCGACAUCGAAUUUCGAUGUUCAAUCGUCUUCAUUAAAAGAUCCUAUUUUUCAUCCAAUUAAUUCGAACAGUUUAAUACAAUUAUAUUUACCAAAUAUAAACAAUUCAGAUAGAAGCAGUUGGAUGUCAUCCUCAUCGUUUGUAUCACAUGUUCCAACUCGUAUUCCACUGGCAAAAAGUCGAUUGUCUACUCAACAAACACAAUCAUCAACAGGACAUUUACCAUCUAAAAAUGUUGCCACUACAGUUGGUACAACUAAUCAACCAGUUUUGACUCGACCAAUGUCAACAACAAAUCGUGCACCACCUACUUCAACUGUACCAAAUAGCGCACAACAUCGACCUGGUUUUAUACCACGACCCAUAGCAUCCGGUUUACAACAAGCACAAACACCAUCACUUGUAACACGUAGUCGUUCAGUUAGUCCAUCAUCAACGAUAAGUGUUAACUCUGCUUCAACUACUGUUUCUCAACGUUUAACAAAAACUCAAACAAUACCAAAAACGACAACAAAUCGAUCAGUUCCUUCUUCGUCUUCAAAUAUUAAUCAAUCAUCUAAAUCUAAAAUAGUUUCUUCUUCUCACAACACUAAAGAUUCCGUGCCAUCCAAAUUGACAAUAUCUAAUCGUUUGCGUUCAAACGCACCUUCACAAAUUUCAACAGCAUCAUCAUCUUUAUCUACGCCUACUGUUCCGCCUACAAAAACAAAUGUUAAUGCGAUUCGUGAUCGAUAUAAAUCAUCAAAACGUAUACCUUUCUAUGGAAGACGUACUUCAAUACCUAAUUCGCAUAGAUCUCCUUCAGCAAUAAAAGAAGAUAAAAACGAAACAACAUCUACUGAUGAACAUACAACAAAUAGUCCAAUUUAUCAUCAAACUGAUGAUUUGAAAACUGACUCCUCUCAACAAGCGUCUUCUUCACAUGGUGACUCUGCUUACGCCAGUGUAACACCACCUGUAAAUCGUUUACCAUCUGUACACUAUUCUCAAAUUAAUCGACAACGACAACGAGCGCCAAGUACAUUAUCAUCAUCGUCACAUUCAUCCGACGUAUUACAUAAUGAUGCAUUUCUUGACGAUGAAAAUUGUAGUCUAAAGUCAGAUGAUUUAAUCUGUGACUAUGAUGAUACAUUAACACUUGAAUCUGUUAGUAAAAAUGAACGAACAGACUCAUUUUCAUCGACGUCAUUAUCUAUUGAAAUAAAUAAAAAAUCAUCCAUGCCAACAUCAAUUACAGUAGUAAAACCAACUGCUCCAUUAUUACAGUCAGCGUCCAAAGAAAAUCGACCAACAACUAUAGCAAAAAGUUCGCCGACUGAUAAAAUAAAUGCUAGUCUUCGAGAAUCACUCGAUGAAUUGACGCAAUUGAGUAAUCGAAUGGAUAAUGCAAUGGACGGUGAACAUAAUCGAAGAUUAUUAGCACGUUCAGUUUCAUUAAAACCACCGGCAACUUCAUUGCCACCACGUGAAGAUGGUGAACAAAUUAUAAUGGAUAUUGAAGCCUAUCGACAAGUAAUGAAAGAUGUUACGGUUGUUAAGACGAUUUUUCAUCAACUUGAUCGAUUACUAAAACAUUCAGAUGGUACUAAUAUGACGGAUUCAAUGAUUGGUUCAUUUCAUGAAACUAUGCUCGGCUCAAGACAUUAUUCAACGAGUAGUAUGGAUGGUAAUCUACGAAAUUCAAUUGAUGAAAAUUCUACUUAUGAUGAUUUAGUGAAAGAAAUUAUUAUAUUACGUAAAGAAAGAGAACAAGAUAAACAAACAAUUAGAUUAUUACAAGAUCAAAUGUAUAAAUAUUCCAGUCAAACAAACGUUUAA